AUGAAUGGACAAUUAGAGCGGCUGGAAGGCGAAGGAAUAAGUGUUGAAAUCAUACCUUUACAUCAGAAUAUCAAUUCUUCUGAUACGAUAGUUGAUUAUUUGGAAAUAACCAAUGGUUAUUUGCCGACUGAUCCUGUUUACGCCUUUUAUCGACGUGAUUUAAGAACCUCUUUCACUGGAGGAAAUUUCUUGACACUAAAAUAUUCCAAAAUUUCUCAUCGUAAUUUAAAUAAUAGUUUUUUAAUAGAAUACGAGACUUUCUACCACAAUAAUAUUUUUAUCGAAAGUAAUGAUACUUAUUAUCUUGAAUCGCCCAAUUAUCCAGAAUCAUAUGCAGCAAACAAAGAGUGCCUUUGGAACAUACAAGCUCCCGAUAACCAUGGAGUAUCGAUUAAAUUUUAUGAUUUUGAACUUAAAGAGAGUAAAGAUUGUGUUGAUGAUUUUCUUGAAAUUCGACACGGCAAUCUUCCUAACGAUCAUCAUACUGAAAUUUAUUCUGCUAUUACUGCAUCACCGGUUUAA